AUGCGUUCACGUUCGUCCUACCGCUUUCAAGACCUGCUAACCAACAAGUGUUUGGGAGAUACCCUUAUCUAUCUAUCUAUCUAUCUAUCUAUCUAUCUAUCUAUCUAUCUAUCUCAGUCUGUUAUUAUCUGUCACUGUCUGUCUAUCUAUCUAUUUUUCUAUCUAACUAUCUAUUUCAGUCUGUUAUUAUCUGUCUGCCUCUCUAUCUAUCUAUCUAUCUAUCUAUCUAUCUAUCUAUCUAUCUAUCUACCCCUCUCUCUCUCUCUCUCUUUAUAUAUAUAUAUAUAUAUAUAUAUAUUAUGCUUUUCUUCUCUUCCCCCCUUCUUUUUCUUCUUCUUCUUUUCUUCUUCUUCUUCUGCUUCUUUCUUCUUUACAUCCUCCUCCUCAUGUCUAUCCAAUAUGUUCGCCUCCAAAAAUCGCUUUUUUGCACACAAGACAAAGAAACUUAUAUAUCUUUAA